CGGAGUUUGGGUCGACUCUUGGUUGCUAUUUCAAUGAACAAAACAAUCUCUCGACAAUCGUAAUCCACAAGCAGUCCGCUACUUUGAGACAGAUAGCACACACAGCAGCAAGGGCUAUCGCACGUAACAAUCUCCUGCGCGCCACACUUUGUUGGAAACCAUCGAGCCUACCCCAGACCCAAACCAGCUCUCCACGUUCCCCACACACCCUGCGUCGACAUCAUGGCUACAGGUCUACCAUCCGGCUGGGAAGUCCGCCAUUCCAAUAGCAAGAACCUGCCGUAUUACUUCAAUCCCAGCACUAAGGAGUCGCGGUGGGAGCCUCCGGCCGAAACCGACAGCGAAGCGUUGAAACAUUACAUGGGCCAAUACCACACUGAAAAUAUGCGACCCGACGGUGCUGCAGCGCAACAGAGUCUCGAAGGCAAAAUCCGAUGUGCCCAUCUUCUCGUGAAGCACAAGGACUCCCGGAGACCGUCGUCGUGGCGCGAGGCCAACAUCACUCGUACCAAGAGCGAAGCCAUGCAGAUCAUGCGUGGGUAUGAAUCGCGCAUCAAGAGCGGCGAGACCAGCCUCGGUGAUCUCGCCGUCACUGAAAGCGACUGUAGCUCAGCACGCAAGCGAGGAGACCUUGGAUUCUUCGGACGAGGCGAUAUGCAGGCAGAAUUCGAACAGGCUUCGUUUGCUCUCAAGCCUACUGAGAUCUCGACCAUUGUAGAGACUCAAUCCGGUGUCCAUCUGAUCGAGAGACUGGAAUAGGAGCGUUCGAGCAAGGUCGAAGUGAGUUAAGCUGUACAUCACAUGCUCAACUUGUAAGGAAAUUUGCUUCAUCAUACCCAUAGAAGUAUCAUUACUCGUUCAAGGAUCUCUCAAAGAAGCACCAAUCUCACCUCUGCCAUUGUAUUGUGCUCUCACAGGAUCAGAUUUCCGCCAAUCGGAAUACAGCGCGGCCAAUCAGGACAGCUGUCGUUUGACCUCACAAGAGCUAUCGCUCCAGCAGCUAUAUUUUGAGGCCGUUGUGUCAAGUGCUUAUGGGGUGCCAAAGGAGUUUUUCGAUACGGUGACUGGUCAGUCUCUGCGGAAUUCGCGGAUGACACGAUCGAGUCUUGCGAUCAACAGCAUCGCCAUUUUCGUGGCCUUGUUAGGAGCUUGUGAUGAUAUGACGAACUUAGCUCGUUCGUGUGCUCUUGGUAGUGAUUGACUGAUGAUCAAUGUAGUGACGUUUGUGAUUUAAAGGAACUC